ACAACGCAAUGGGCAUGAACAUGCCAGGGAACAUGUACGACCCCAACGUCAUGAUGGGGAUGCACCAACAGGCACCGCAGCAGCAAAUUCCACAGCAGCAGCCGCGACGACCUGGCGGGCUAUCUCUGCGACGGCCGAUACGAGGCGAAAGGCAUCAGGAGCGGCAGAUAGAGCAGAUGUUUACGGAUCACGGCAUGCAACCCGACUGGGGGAGUUUCUUUGGUUCUGGCAGGGGUGGAUUUCAGGGAAUGUGAAUGAACGACUGCCACAUGAUACCCAUUUUUUUGACGAUAUGAGACGGGAAAGCCUUGCGGUCUGCCGGGAGGGGAGGAGGGCGUCUAUUCAUUUUUCCUUUUUCUUUAUUUUACUCAACCCCCAUUUUCUCUUUGCGUUUGAUAACCCAAUCAUUGGACAAUGUGGGCGGAAAAUGUCACGAGACUUGCAUGUUACGACUACCAACAUCUCUUAUACCUCGAACAUUAUGGCGGGUGUUUUAGAAUUCAUUGGGUCUCAUAUCAUUAUUUUCAGCUUCAGUUUCACAGUCAUCAUUAUUCCAUUCAUCUUUUCUUUUUACUCCCCCGGUUGGCGGCAGGCUCGACAUGAAAACACAAAACAAACCAAUACGAGCAUAUCACAGUGCGUGUGUGUAGAUAGAAGGGAAGGAAGAGAUGUUUUUUGAUCGACAAUGUACAUUGGUCAGAUGUCGAAGAGUGGUGUUGUGUCCCAGCGGACUACAAGCCAGUAUCCAAGCACAUAGGUAGCAAUACAAAAAAAUUCCAGAAAAAAAAA